AUGGCAUCAGCAGAUCCCCAAACUGAAUCUCUGAUUGCAUCUCUGCUCAAACGCGAGAGAUACUACAGAGACACCGGGCAGUGGACGAAGUUGCGAUCAUCAUAUCACCCAGACGCGUCCCAAACCUCUAUUAAUAUAACAUGGUUCUCCGGCGACAUCGAUGGCUUCGUGAAAGGCUCUGAGAGCAUGUAUGCCGCUGGCGUCUCUGCGCUGCACACCAUUAGCCCGGUUGAGAUCCUCGUGAAUGCCAGCGGCGACAGGGCAAUAUCCGAAUCGACAGGUAGCAUCACCAUUCGGUUCACAGAAGAGGGGACCGAGUAUGAUCUUACCUCGAUUUCCAGGUUUUUGUCACGAUUGGUCAAGGUUGACGAUGCGUGGAAGAUGUUGUCAUUGGAGUGCAUCUACGUUCGGGAGGCCGUUGUACCGGCAUAUCCCACUGCUGUUACCAGAGCUCUAGACCUCGAAAGCAAAGGCCCAGAACGCAAGAGCUACAGAUAUCUCGGGGCUCUGUUGGCGACGCUGGGGUACGCAAUCCCUGCUGAUCUACCUGGUAUGGACGAUAGUGAGAGCAUCCAAAGAAUCACCGGUGCCAAUGCCGCAUGGAUAGCAGCGAAAUAG